CGGUAAACAGAACACGUCUCUUCGAUUUUUUUUGCGAUCAAUGAAUUGUUUUUGUUGUUAACGUAUGUUGGAGCUAGAUCACAAUUUUUAGUGCAGCAGAUUUUUUUUAUAAUUUGUUUGGGCAGUAAUACGAAACAUGUUAAAUAAUGUUGAAAUUGUGGAGUGAAUUCUGGGAAGAUACAAAGAUGGGUACGUCCGGACUGACUCUGGCAGAUUUGCCGAACAUAUUUAUUAUGAUCGGUGCUUUGGUGGCAUUGUUUGUGAUGCUCGUAAUACUGCUCAGGAACAUGGAGGUGAUAGGCAUAGUGGGCGAGGGUAGGGAAGACGCUUGGAGCAGAACAAUGCCACCACCGCGGCUUCUGAUGCAAAGGGUACACAUACCGUUCACCUUCAAGAUCCAGGAAAACGCACCGAUUGGCUACAGUGGUGUGAACUGCUGUGUAUCUUCAACGGUGCGGUACUGGCAUGCCAGCUGGUGGGGAGCGCCAGUCAGAGAGCUGCAUAGAACUCUGUGGGGUUCCCUAGCGGACAUUCUCUCGUCAUCACAACUUAAGUUUACCAAAAGCGGUCCCCACGACGAGGGACCGAUGAGGUUGUCGACAGUGGAGCCUCUACAACUAGGUCCUCCGCCGAGAACCUGCUACCCUUUAGUGGUAAUCUUGGCGAGGGACCUUAAGGACAUUGGAGAGCUGAGGCCCGACGACACGGUGGCGCUAGUAAGCGUGGUUCACAUACGAGACGAACAGUGUCCGCUGCCGAGCGCCGUCAUCGCUCAGUACCUCAAGCAGGCGAAUGGUCAUCUCUCGUGUUUGAAGCAACUGUACGUGACGGGCGAGUGUGGUGAGGAGACCGAGGGCUACACGGAGGGCUCUGAGCACGGAGACGUGGCUCUGUGCUGCGUGUGCGCCGCCCAGCCUCUCUCCAGAGCGCUACUGCCGUGCAGACACGCCUGUCUCUGCGCAAGAUGUCUUCCAAAACUGGACAAGUGCCCGAUCUGUCGUAGCGCGAUCACCAGCUAUUUCUGCAUAAGAAACGAAGAGGAACCUCUCUCGGAACUGAAGCAGCAGCAGCGUUUCCCUUUCAAUAGGAGGCUCUUCAAUCUGUUCCAUUACCACUAGACUGAGGCUACUAGGAUAACGAGUGAGGGCGAAAAGGAACGAAGAUAGUCGACUUAAACGUCUUUGAUGUUAGAAGAGCGCUGUGUGAAUAUUGAAUAAAUAGCAAAACGAGUGUUGGAACAAAAAAAAAAUGUUCAAGUGAUUUUUGUGAAUAAAAGACAUUACUAUUUAAUACGUAUAAUGUCUGUCGGCUGCGACCGCGAGCGUCACAUACCCUCCCGACUACUUGUGUUAGGAACUCGCGAGGUCGUCGACCCGGUGCGUCGAUGGAAUUUCAGACGAGUUCCAUUGCGUGCAGUUAAAAAAAAAACUCCAUUUUUUAAUUUGUCGAUAUUUUUAGUGUCAUCGUCUUCAGAAACUCGUCAUGUCCCACAUACGGUGCUAUAAAGUCACUUAUGCAA